AUGUCAAAAGAUCCCUUUGAGGACUCUGACUAUAUCUGUUCCUAUGGGAUGAAGUUAAUUUGGGACAUCAAUGACCCCAAGCUGCCACAGGAGCCCAAGCAUUAUGAUUCCUUCCAGGAGUGGCCAGAUGGCUAUUUGAGAUUUAUUUAUUCCAACGAAGAUAAAAAUGCUCAGCGGCAUCUCAGUGGCUGGGCCAUGCGCAACACCAACAACCACAACUGCCAAAUCCUAAAGAAGUCCUGCCUUGGUGUGGUGGUGUGUGCCAGGAACUGCAUGCUGCCAGAUGGGACCAAACUUCAACUCCGCCCUGCUAUAUGUGAUAAAGCUCGGCAAAAGCAACAAAAAAAGCACUGUCCAAACUGUAGUUCAGCCCUUGAGUUAAUUCCUUGCCGGGGACAUAGUGGCUACCCAGUAACUAACUUCUGGAGACAUGAUGGCAAAGUGAUAUUUUUUCAGGCCAAAGGAAUUCAUGACCACCCUAGACCAGAAAGUAAAUCAGAGACUGAGGCCAGAAGAAGUGCUCUUAAAAAGCAAACAGUGCCUUCUCAUUCAUCCCAGAAAAAAAGGCUUCUGGACUUUCAGACAGGGGCAUAUAAUGAGAAUGGCGAAUACUUUCACUGCGUUCAUCAUGUGACAUAUGAAAGACCAGAAAAAAUCAGCAUAAUUACAGAUACCAGUCUACCACUCCCAGCUCAGCCUCACCAUGAAUUUCAAAAUGUAGACUCUUACAAAGUUACUUAUGAUGCAGUCGGUGUCCCGGAAGACGUGGAACUGCCACUCCAGAAGUACCCAAGUCCCACAGUCUACACAUCUAAGCCAAGUUGUGGCUAUGAAUGCACAUUUCCUGGUUAUGUUGGAUCUAGUUUGUAUCCAAUGUUUCCCAAAGACCCAAUGGAUAUUCCAGUGGAUACUGAUCAUAUCAUGCUGAAUGGACUUCCAUAUUGUGUAAAUUCAGUAAAUCUUCAUGAAAAGAACAUUGAUGGAAUCCUUAAACAUCAUGGAUUGAAACAGUCCUUAGGGGAAACUAACAAUGGAGAAAGGGUUGACUAUGAAAUGAAUCAAGGUCGUGCUGAUAGUGGAGAGUAUCCUUGCAGGUAUGAUGGUUAUUCCUCUUUGGAUUUUCCAGCUUUGCAGACUGUAAUAACUACAACAACUAAGAUGUCCUAUGAAGCCUAUAAGUCAUCUGUGUUGAAAUGCGGUGACGGUUUUUAUGAAGCAAAAGAUCUUCUGAGCUGUCCCCUUGCAGAGAACAUUUAUAGAAAUGUCUGCUCUGAGAUAAAAGUUCAAGAAGACUGGGGAAUGGUCAAAUCAAGUUUGCUUAAUGAACAGUCUCUGACCAGCAAUAAAGCUGAAUACGUAGAGGCAUUGGAAACCUACCAGGGUGAUCGAAACUCAGAAAGGAAUUUUACAGGCUAUGGAGAGCAAACAUUCAGAUUUGAGAAUACUGAAUACUAA